AUUCCUCCCUCAGCAAGAUGGCUGCUGCGGCGCUGCGCGGCGGCGGCUCCCUGCUCAAAUGACGCACCCAGCACUUCACGUCCAGCGCUCGCGGCUCGCGGCUCUCCCGUCUCCGUGCUAGCGGCAGAUCCCAACCCCCGGUGGACCGAGCGGACCCGGUUCAUCUGAGUGAGUACCGUCUGGCUGGAGGCUGAAGGCAGGGGGGCCAUUCAUCGUCGCUGCGCGGUUCCUGCGGACGGAGCGCCGUGAUUGUCCGGCUCGCUCCGUCCCCCGCUCCGCAUCUGUCGGGGGGUUCUCUCUCCGCCGCGCCGAGGUGUGAGUGCGAUGAGGAGAGCUUUCAGAGUUUGAGGCCAUGGGCUGCACCUCGGCCAAGCAGGUGUCGGCCGUGCCCAACGAUGAGGAGGGACGCGGCAAGGCCUACAGCAACGGAGACCUCUUCACCGAUGAAUACAAGAUGAAGGGAGUGGAGGAGGUGAAGUACAUGAAAGGGGAUGAAAACAGAGUGAAUGCCCGCAACCAGGAGAACCUGGAGAAGAAUAAUGUGCAGCACAGAGGUAAACAGCAGAAAGAAGUGGCUUCACCGAACAUUAAGUCCAACAUUCACACGUCAGAGAGCCAGCAGGAAUUUUUCAGGAUGCUGGAUGAGAAGAUUGAGAAGGGGCGAGACUACUGUUCGGAGGAGGAGGAGGAAGAUGGGACAUAGCAAAGAGGCCCCUUGAAAGUUAUGCCCACAGAGAGUGUGUGUGUGUGUAUGUGUUUGAGUAUGCUGAUGUGUGCCUGAGAGAGCGAGCUAAAUCAGUGUUUUACCAAUGGGACAGGAAACUGUGUUCGUGUGUGUGUGUGUGUGUGUGUGUGUGUGUGUGUGUGUGUGUGUGUGUGUGUGUGAGUGUGUGUGAGAGACAGGUUUUUGUACAUAUGAUAAAGAUAGUACUUUUAAAUGAGAGAGUGAAUGGGGUUCCUAAGAGAUAAGAUAAUGGGAUAAAGUCAAGUUUCUACAGAGAUUACGGCCGUCCUCUCAGGCCCCCCGAGCAAGCAGACGGAGUCUGUGAAUUGAUGAAGCAACAAACGGGUGAAAGGAGGGAGAGAUGAAGGACGUGGACACAUCCCCGAAGAGGGUGAAGAUCCUGCCACAGCGCAGACAAAACGGAUAUUUCCUUGAGUUAGACGGCGGAAGCUUUGCGUCCCUUAAUCUGUCCCUCCGUAUCUGGUCGCCUCUUCCUAUGCGGCCUGAUCUUAAUUAUGUAAUCCCUGCAGCUAGACAAAGGAACACACACAUGUGGAGGCCCAGUAAGAAGGAGCAUCUCGAUGGAUGUGUGGAGGACUGAGAACUGCUUGUGAAGGAAGAAUUACGACAGAAGGAGGAAAAAUGCUGAAGGCAGAGACAUCACACACCUUUGCAAGGAUCUACACUGAACUUUCUGGCCCACCACCCUACAAACGGGCCGCCUGAGCCUGGAUGGACAUGGGCUGAGAGGAGGCAUGAGGGAGGGUGGUGCAAGACGGAGAAACGUGGGAUAUUUUAAUAAGAGACAGUAGGGAGAGAGCUGGUGAUAUAGAAACUCUAAACUCCUCCUGCCUUCUGAAGUCAAUUACUUUUUUAUUUUUGGCAACAGCCACUAAUUCUGUUUCCCCCUUUUCUGAUGUUUUUUUUCUGGUUUAAUUUUUGACGGUCAUCAUGGUGCAUUAUUAUCAUCUUCAUCACAACGAUGAGCAGGCUGAGGCUCCACAUUUCAGAGCAGCCCAUCCACAUGUCUCAACCCAGUGCUUCCGUCUUUGUAACGUCUUGGCUGCUCACUAAAACGUAUUAUUUUAUUAACACACACUCAUUCCAGCACACCUUUGCAUGUGUGUACAAGACACACACACACCUGCAUGUCCCCUGCGUCUCACCAGCAGACCGUCUCGUCCAGCGAUCAGAAAUAUCCCAAAAGCUCUUUUGAUUUGAUGUUCGUACACAGUCAUGAACAUAAGCAGCAUCUGGGUUGAGAUCGAGGGGUGGGAUGCAUUGUUGCCGUGGAGACGCAGACCUGGUCACUUUUAUCUUUCUUUUUUUUUUUUUUUUUUUGCCUUUACUGAAUACAUCCUGUUGUAUUAUUUUGAAUACUUUUUUCUAUUAAAAAUAAAAACGCAGAAGCUCUGAA